AUGGAUAACUCAGCGGACUGCGCUACACGAGGCCUCACUCCGCCGGAAUUGGCCAAGUUUUCGCUGUGGUGGUAUGGACCCAGCUGGUUGAUCGAGGAGGAAACGUCGUGGCCGAGAUUGACAGAGCCGGGCGAAGUUACAGCAUCGACGGCGGCUGUGGAGAGUACUGCGCGACCAACGAUUGACGCUGAAGACGUGUGCUUGUCUGACUUCAAAAAGUUUUCAGACUUCAAUAAAAUAACAAGAAUUGUAGCGCUAUGCCGCCGCUGGCGCGAUCGUUUUUCCGCUGGAUCGUCGUGGCAGCCGUCGGAGGAUUUUUGUGACGAGUUGACGGAGGCUCGAUUCUUAUGUUUCAAGAGGAUGCAAGCUCAUCAUUUUUCGGCCGAGUUGAAGGCUCUGAAGGCAAAGAAGCCCUUGCACAAGCGAAGUGUGCUUGCAAAGUUGUUUAGGGGCGUUUGUCAGCGAUGUGUAAAAUGUGUGCGAUACAAGGCCGCAGCCAUCAGUCAGCAAAUGGCUCCUCUCCCAGCCGUUCGAGUGACUCCCGGGCGACCCUUUUCAAUUACUGGAGUGGAUUACGCUGGACCUUUGCCGGUGUUAUUCUCAAAAGGAAAGGGUGCGAGAGCGACGAAGAGCUACAUCUCUAUUUUUAUUUGUAUGGUGACUCGAGCUGUUCACGUGGAGGUUGUCUCGGACCUCACUGCCGCUGCCUUCCUUGCAGCUUUCAGUCGCUUUUGCUCUCGUCGUGGCUUGCCCUCAGUGAUGUACUCGGACAACGGAACCACGUUUAAGGGUGCGUCUAAGGAGUUGAUGGCAUUGUUCAAGCAGGACUCAAGAUUUCGCGCCGGGGUCGGAAGAGCGCUGGCAAUGCGAGGUACACGAUGGUCGUUCAUCCCACCUCGAGCGCCGCAUUUCGGAGGACUUUGGGAGGCUGCCGUCCACAGUUUCAAGCAUCACCUGAAGAGGGUGAUUGGAAAGUCGCGGUUGACGUACGAGGAGCUUUCGACGUUGGCAGCGCGUAUCGAGGCAUGUUUGAAUUCUCGUCCCCUUUGUCCAAUGUCAGGAGAUCCGGAUGACCUUGCAGCGCUCACACCAGCGCAUUUUUUGACGGGAUCUUCGCUGCUGAAUUAUCCCGAACCAUAUAACCCGAAAGAGAAGCCCAUGUAUUUUACGAGUCGUUGGAGACUGCUGCGUAACAUGCGCGAUAUGUUUUGGACCCGGUGGCGAAGAGAGGUGUUGAACCAGCUGCAACAACGUAGCAAGUGGUUGGACUCGAGAUCCAACUUGCAAGAAGGUGACAUGGUUUUGAUAAGAGACGAGCUCUCUCCUCCGUCUGAAUGGCCACUCGGGCGAGUCACGAAGACUCAUCCAGAGACAGAUGGGCUGGUGCGCGUGGCUACCAUCCGGACCGCACAGGCUACAUUUACGCGGCCAGUCGUGAAGUUGACGAGACUUCCCACGGAUAAAGAGGCAGAAUCUUACUACGCCACAGGACAACGUCAAUGA